AAAUGUCUCUGAGUUAGGGUCUGGGUCACUUGCUCCCAGUAUGGGAUGCUUCUCAUCCCGGGGGUUAAUGAUGCCCAGACUCUUCCGCGUUAGAUUCACAUUUAUCAAGUGAGGUUGACAGUUAACCUUGCAUUUUGAAACUAGUUCCGGUGUUGCUGUCUGAAGCCCAGAUCCAAGCCCUUAAUUAUCCGUGUGACCUUUAACAAGUUAUCUUAGCUUUCUGAAGCUUAUCUACCUCACUUGAAAAUGGAAAUAAUACCGGCCACCUGUUGGAGUUGGUUUUCUCAUCUGCAGAAUGGGGCCGAAAUACCGACCUCGUAAGUCAGUUACCAUUAAAGAGUGUCCUGCCCGGAAAAUGCCAGCCAUUCCUCAGUGGAUUCCCUUUUUCCAGAAGCUAGUCUCUUCCAGCCAAUCUCAGACAUUUUUCUGAGGUCUGUUUGUAAAGCACUGUAGGAGAAAGUAAGAAUAAAAUCUCUGCCCUCCAAGACUGGUGUUUCUCAAACUGAGGCCGCUCGGGAUGCCCAGAGACACUCGAAUUCAUAGGUGCUGGGAAGACCACACUUCUGAACUAUAUUUUGACAGAGCAACAUAGUAAACGAAUAGCAGUUAUUUUAAAUGAAUUCGGGGAAGGAAGUGCAGUGGAAAAAUCCUUAGCUGUGAGCCAAGGUGGAGAGCUCUAUGAAGAAUGGCUGGAACUUAGAAACGGUUGCCUCUGCUGUUCAGUAAAGGACAAUGGCCUUAGAGCUAUUGAGAAUUUGAUGCAGAAGAAGGGGAAAUUUGAUUACAUACUGUUAGAGACCACUGGGUUAGCAGAUCCUGGUGCUGUAGCUUCUAUGUUUUGGGUUGAUGCUGAAUUAGGGGUUGAUAUUUAUCUUGAUGGUAUCAUAACUGUUGUGGAUUCAAAAUAUGGAUUAAAACAUUUAGCAGAAGAAAAGCCUGAUGGCCUUAUCAAUGAAGCUUCUAGGCAAGUUGCUUUGGCAGAUAUCAUCAUCAUCAAUAAAACAGACUUGGUUUCAGAAGAGGAUUUAAACAAAUUAAGAACAACUAUUAGAUCAAUAAAUGGACUGGGAAAAAUUUUAGAAACACAAAAAUCAAGAGUUGAUCUCUCUAAUGUAUUAGAUCUUCAUGCCUUUGAUAAUCUCUCUGGAAUAAGUUUGCAGAAAAAACUUCAACAUUUGCCAAUAGCACAACCUCACCUUGAUCAGAGUAUUGUUACAGUUACAUUUGAAGUACCAGGAAAUGCAAAGGAAGAAAGUCUAAACGUAUUUAUUCAGAAUCUUCUGUGGGAAAAGAACGUGAGAAACAAGGAGGAUAACUGCAUGGAGGUCAUACGACUGAAGGGGCUGGUGUCAAUCAAAGACAAACCACGGCAAGUGAUUGUCCAAGGUGUCCAUGAGCUAUAUGAUCUGGAGGAGACUCCACUGAACUGGAAAGAUGACACUGAAAGAACAAAUCGAUUGGUUCUUAUUGGGAGGCAUUUAGAUAAGGAUAUCCUUAAACAACUAUUUAUAGCCACUGUGACAGAAACAGAAAAGCGGUGGACAACACAUUUCAAAGAAGAUCAAGUUUGUCCGUAAUAUUAGAAGCAUUUCUUAUCAAAAGGAUUGGAUGAUAAUACUGGUAAUAUCUUUCCUACUGG